CACCCCGAGUGCUACAAAGGAACAUUUCGGAUAAAACCCACUUGGCCCUGAAGGAACCAAGGUUGCCAACAGUCAGGCGAUGGCCUCCCCCAGCCUAGACAGCAUGGAGCUCCUGGACCUUCUGUUUGACCGGCAGGAUGGCGUCCUUCGCAGUGUGGAGCUUGGGUCCUCAGCAGUGACUUGGAUGGGACGAGAGGACAGUCAGGAAAAUGAGGAUUUCCUUACUUCCAUCUUGGGACCCCCAGACCCCACUCUGGACUCUCCGAGUUGGUCUCCUGCUGCCAGCGAUAGUGGCCUUUCAGAGGAUCCAAACUCUGACCAGCUGGACAGCCCUCUGCACUACGUCCCAACAGGAAGCCCGGGGGCCUACUCUGACGGAGGGCAAAGCGAUCUGUCUUACACCCCUUACCAGGACUCCUGCCCAGCCAUGCGGGUCCUGAAAAUGCCGGUGGAGAACCUGCGAGAGGCAGAGGUGUCUAUAGACUUUGAUAUCUGGGAAGCAGGCUUCUACCCAGAAAAGCAGGAACUGGCUACUCCCCACCUGAACUCAUCUUCUUGCACCUUGACCGUGAAGGACCUUUUGCUGUCAAACAACUGUGACACGCAUCCGCAGGCCCUGACCCCGUCCCUGAUGAGGCAAAGCCCUGGAGGUUGCCAAGAACUUGUCUUAACAGAGGACGAGAAGAAAUUGCUGGCCAAAGAAGGCGUGACCCUGCCCACUCAGCUGCCUCUCACAAAGUAUGAGGAAAGGGUGCUCAAGAAGAUCCGCAGAAAGAUCCGGAACAAGCAGUCGGCACAGGAAAGUCGGAAGAAGAAGAAGGAAUAUAUUGAUGGGCUGGAGUCCCGGAUGUCAGCCUGUACGGCUCAGAACCAGGAGCUACAAAGGAAAGUCGUUCAUUUGGAGAAACAGAACUUGUCCCUCCUCCAGCAGCUGAAGAAACUUCAAGUGUUGGUGAUUCAGUCCAGCAGCAAAGCAGCUCAGACUGGCACUUGUGUUACGGUCCUCCUGCUCUCCUUUGCCCUGAUUGUCUUCCCAUCCAUCAGCCCUUUUGCCCGCAACAAAGGCGAGAUGGAAGGCGACUUCAUCCCUGUGAGAGUUUUUUCCAGGUCCCUCCACAACGAUGCUUCCUCCAGAGUUGUCUCCUCCCUGGCCAGAGAUGUCAAUCUUCGUGCCAAAGAGCCAGAGAAACCUCUGUGGACUGAAUAUGCCAACGAAGGACAGAGCAGGCAGGAGAAAGAAACCCUUGGCAGUUUCAUCAGAAGCCAUGUGCUCUCCAGGCCUCACAAGGCAGACGAGGCGGCCUUGAAGAACGGCACGGAGUCCUUCUCAGAGGGGGCACACCUGGACUUGGAAGGACUUGGGCAUGACAACCACAUCCAUGGGCACGGCGUGGCAUCAGUGGCAUGGACAGAGCCCAUUCAGCCCAGCAAGAGGGUCCUGGAACAGGCUGAAGAGCUGUGACUGUCCCCUCCUGCUGCCUCCCUCUGUAUGGCAUUCUGGGACUUAAUAGGGGUGGUGGUAGGGAUG